AUGGAGAAUAACACUUAUAUUAUAGAAUUCCAUAUUGUGCCAUUUUCCAUGAAAGCCGGUGAUGGACCCGUCAUUUUCUGUGUUUUUUUCAUAAUAUUUCUGUUUGGAGUCCUGGUAAAUACAGUCAUAAUCACAGUUAUAUGUUUGGGUUCCCAGUUACACACCCCCAUGUACCUGUUUCUCUGUAACUUGUCCUUUGUAGAUAUCUGUUACACAACAGUAACUCUCCCAAAGCUCCUGGACAUAUUGAGAUCUGGGAAUAACACCUUAUCCUUCACACAGUGUUUGACUCAGAUGUAUUUUUUCUUCAUAGCUGCCAGCUCUGAGGUUAUACUAUUAUUUGUGAUGGGGUACGACCGGUACAUUGCAAUCUGUCAUCCCUUACACUACCACCAGAUACUGAGCAAGAAGGUCUGCAUCCUGCUUGUGGCUAUGAUCUGGCUAUGUGCAGGUGUAAACUCAAUAUUGUGGGUAGUUUCAAUUCGUAAAAUGUCCUUCUGUCAUUCUGUCACCAUUCAUCAGUUCUUCUGUGAGGCUAAAGCUUUAAGUAACAUCUCCUGUUCUGGCUUAAAGAUGUUUUAUAUAAUCACGUUUGUUAACAUAGUGUUGUUUGGUGUUUGUCCAAUGUUCAUCAAUGUGAUGUCAUACAAAAAAAUUAUCACAGUUAUAUUGCAUAUUAAAACAAGGGAAGGAAAAAUAAAAGCUUUCUCCACCUGCUCAUCCCACCUCACUGUCAUGAGCCUAUACUAUGUUUUUGGUACUAUAGUCUAUAUAAUACCAACAUCAGACCAACUCAAUUUCCUAGACCAGAUUAUGACUGUGCUUUACACAACAGUGAUCCCCAUGGUAAAUCCUCUUGUUUAUAGUCUGCGCAAUCAUGAAACCAGGAGAGCUAUUCAGAGAUUAAUGGUACAGUUGGCAACCCCUCAUUAG